AUGGGCUGGGGUGUGGGAGAGUUCCAUGAUGCUGGGAAGGGAAGGGCAGACUGGGACGUGGAAGGACAUGGUGAGCAGCAGGGGCGCCUAGAGGAAGACGAGGAAAAGCAAAGCGGCGAUUCAAGGCACCUCGUGUUACUAGGGGCUGUCCAAGGAGACAAUACCGGGAACAAGGAAACAAGGGCAACAAGGACAGAGAUCCAGCCAACAGUUCCAGAACACAGGCUUCUGGCAGUUGGACUUUUAGCCACUGAGACUCAGGAUCUGAAGGAUUUUUUGUGUCCCCAGUUUAUGGCUCAGGAGUUGGCAGCACCUCUUUCACGUGGGCAGCCACCAGAGCAGAGCAUUGCAGAGCCUACAACAUAUCCCUGGAAUGAGGAAGACCUGAGAUUUGAGCCUUCGAACUCCACAGUGCACUCAUUCUCCAGCAGCUCUGAAUCAAACCUGAGUCUAUCUGUGGGCUAUGUCCCCUAUGAGGACACCUCCUCCCACGAGAACACCACCUCCUGUAAAGACACAUCUUCCGAAGGUCCUUCAAUCCACUUUGUCCCUCCUAUCCAAGGGACAUGGAGGACUGAAAACACAGGGAGACUCCUGGGGAGACGAGACCAAGUACAGGACGACCCAGAACAGUUUUGCAAACUAAGCAUCACCCUGGCCUGGGAUGUUGAUGUCGCCUCUAACAAUUCAGACGCGACGGCUAACUGGGCCCCGAGUGGAGACAGGCAGUGGCCAGACAAGUGCCCCAAGGGGAAGACAUAACUGACUCUCAGCAAGCUGGACGGCCUCAUGCAAAAGCUUGAGAAAUUUGUAGAGAACCAGAAGGACGAUGAAGAUGAUGAUGUGUUCCCCGAAUCUGUUCAGGAGGAAGACUCCGAGCUGUCUAGCAGCUCCCCUCCAGGUAUGGCUCAGGUUAGUCAUCAAGAAGAUGACAGCUGUCAAGACUUGGCCAAGUUCAACCCACCAGAAAAUGAAGACGUCAUCCAGUUUCCAUAGAGUCCUCCAAGGCUUCAGAAAGAUGAGCUUGCUGAGAUAAUAAGUCAGGUAACUGGUAGCCAAAGGACAAGUAUUGCAGAGACCUCCUCAAUCUCGUGGGGUCCACCAGAGAAGGAGGACACUCACUCCAGCACUCAAGCCCUCUCCUGUCCGAACUUUGGGUGGGUCUUCCGCUGGCUAAGGCAUCAAGUCCUCUCCUCGCUUGUGGGGAGAGAGCACCCCAGGAAGGCCAAGGAGAGCCCCCAUCAGCUGGCACAAAAGAAAAGAUCCUCGCACAGAAGCAAGAGAAUCCAACUUCAAGAAUCCCUUGAAGUAGGACACCCCAUAUGGCCGGAUUUUUAA